UGAACACCUCGAGUGAUCUCUCCACCAUGAUAUGAAAGGCCUGUCUCACCACGGGUUGUCAUAAUUGGCGCACCAGAGCGACCGUUCCCGGUGCCUCGAUGAGCCUCCAACAAACGCGUCCCUGAAAGUGGCCCUCGGAGCCUCCCUCCUUCUCCUCCUCCUCCUCCUCCUCUCCUCUCCCACGACGCAAAUCCGCAAUGCUACCGACAUCCAAGAAGCGCAAAGCCCCCCGCCCCUCCGAACAAGCCCCCGAUCUCAGUAUUACCGCCGACGACCAGGUCCACCUCCACGCUGCCGGCUACAAUGAGUCGCCCGAGCGCGGUCUCGUCCACAGCAUGGCGCGGUUUCGCUCCGCACCGCUUGACUUCAUCCGCGAAGUCAGUCUGCACGUCUCCGGCACCGGGUGGCGCUCAUAUGACAGGAUCGUCGGCCAGCCCAUCUUCUACUCCGGAUUCUCUGAGGAGAUGAAGACGCGGGUGUUGAGCAAUCCGAUGCUGGUUAGCAAGGUGAGGGAGCUGGCGGCGAAGAGGGUGGAUGUUGAAGCCAUUGAGGGCCUACUUGGGGAGGAGGUGAGAGAGGGGCUGGAUGUGAGGGCUGGGGAGAAGGAUAAGAGGGUGCGCAGGAGGGUGCAGAUUGAGGAGAGCUUAAUGGACGUUGCGGAGACCUUAACAGAUAAUAUGAUCUGUAAAAUGGAGAGCAAAAGUUUUAUUAGGGGGGCUUAUUAUCUAACCACGCAGCUUUUGACAAGGGCGUAUCAUCAGGGCGUCCACGUUUCAAGCGAGGAAAUCCUCCGCCUCCGCUCCGUUGCAGAGCAAGCCGCGAAAGACAAGCACUCGAUCAUCUUCCUCCCAUGCCAUCGCUCUCAUGUCGAUUAUGUCUCCCUUCAAAUAAUAUGCUACCGACUUGGUCUUGCCCUGCCAACCGUGAUAGCUGGCGAUAAUCUCAACUUUCCAGUUGUUGGUUCCUUCCUUCAACAUGCAGGGGCUAUGUGGAUCCGGCGGAGUUUCGGGGAUGAUCAGCUGUAUACUACACUUGUCCAAGCUUAUAUUGAUACCCUACUUCAAAACGGAUUUAAUUUGGAGUGUUUUGUGGAAGGGGGCAGAAGUAGGACUGGGAAGCUGCUGCCACCUAAGUUUGGGAUAUUAUCUUACAUGUUGGACAGUGUAGCAUCCGGGCGAGUCCAAGAUGCUAUCAUAUGCCCUGUUUCUACGCAGUAUGAUAAGGUGAUUGAAGUCGAUUCGUACAUUAGCGAACUUUUAGGCCAACCAAAACCAAAGGAAAAUUUAAUGGACUUCCUCUCCGCAUCCUCAGUCCUUUCUCUAAAACUCGGCCGAGUUGAUGUCCGGUUCCACGAACCCUGGAGCCUGCGGAAAUUCGUCAACCAACAACAUGAUAGAUUUAGUCAAAUGCCCCAAAAGCUUGAUUUGAAAGAAGAGCGACUCAGGAUUUUACGGACUCUCGGUUACAAAGUUCUCUCUGAAAUCAACGAUGUAUCUGUCGUAAUGCCUACCGCGCUGGUCGGCACUGUUCUACUGACUUUGAGAGGGCGAGGUGUUGGGAAAGCGGAGCUUAUUAGAAGAGUGGAGUGGCUGAGUGAGCGUGUACGAGCCCAGGGUGGACGAGUGGCGCAUUUUGCCAGUCAACCUACCAAUGUAGUUAUUGAAAGGGCUCUUGACGUUUUGGGACCUGGGCUUGUGGGGCUCGUGCCUGCCUUGCCUGAGGAGACUUAUUAUGCUGUUGAUAGAUUCCAGCUCUCUUUUUACCGCAACAUGACCAUCCAUCUCUUCAUCCUGCAGGCCCUAGUCUCGGCAUCAAUGUACACUAAAGUAAAGCUCGGUGGUGGGCCUGAGUUCCAAAGGAUAUCGUAUGACGACCUCCACGACCAAGUCCAUUUCCUGUCACAGCUCUUCCGCGGCGAGUUCAUUUUCCCCACCGAAGGACUCGAUGCCAACUUAGCCAAAACUAUCUCCAGCCUCGAAAGCGACAACAUCAUCAAAGUAACCCGCAACCCCGCUGACCCCUCCAAAGUCUCAUUCGUCGAACUCAGCGACGCGGAACGCGAGACCGGUCGCGAGAACUUCGACUUCUACUGCUUCCUCAUCUGGCCCUUCAUCGAAGCCUCCUGGCUGGGCGCCAUGUCGCUCAUGAUGCUAACCCCGCCCGUUGGUCUCUCCGGGGAAGUCUGGCUCGACUUGAAGAAGGUUCAGGAUAGAGCGCAGCUGUUUGGAAAAACACUAUAUCAUCAGGGGGAUUUGUCGUACUUUGAAGCGGUCAAUAAAGAGACGUUGAGGAAUGCUUAUCAACGGUUUGAAGAAGAGGGGAUGAUUCUUGUUACUAAGAGUAAGGGUGCUAAAGAACCGAGUACGAUUAGGUUGUCGGAUGAAUGGAUGCCUUCGAGGUCGACUACUAAGUCGAACAUUGUUGCGCAGGGGCCGUUGUGGCUCUUUGCCGAGAGGAUCAGUUUGAGUAGAAGGGAGGGGAAGAAUAGGAGGGAUGGCUCAACGGUGCAGAACAGAGUCUUGAGUCUGGCGGAUGUGGUUGGAGCGCCACUUUGGGAGGAUGGCGUCUUGGACCACGGCGCGCUGGAAACGGAGGCUGUGGUUGCGGCAAAGGCGAAGGGGAAGGCGAGACGGAAGACUAUGACGGUCUCACCCAGGUUGUGAAAAUGGGGUAGUGAGUAUGUGUUGCUGUUGUUGUAUAUGCAUGCCUUAGAUUCUAAUUCCUCUGUACAAAG